AACUUAUCGAGCAUUUAAAAUAUAUCGAAACAACACGUGUGUGUGCGUUGUCCAUUUUCAUGCCUUUUAUUGUGACUGCAACGAGUAAGUCGUUGCUUGAUUUUUGUGAGGAAUAAAAAGGAAUAUUGAAAUAGUCACUUAAAUGGCUGAACUACAGAAAUUGACGGAUGCCAUUGUGCAUGAGUAUCUGAAGACUAAAGACAAAAACCUAGCAAAGGUGUUUGAGCAGAAAGCAAAAGUGCCCACUGUAGGCAAGAAUACGCCUAAGUUGACAGAAAUCUUGGCUUUUUAUCAAAGCAAAACGUCACAAAAGAUACCUCCUGUGAAAAAAUCAAAAUCAGAUAGCGAUGACAGCGAUAGUGAUGAGGAUGAUGAUGAGGUGAAGAAACCAACAACAAAUGGCAACACAAAUGGAAAUUCUGAUAAAAAUGCAUCAUCUUCGAGCAAUGAAGAUGAUUCGGAGGAAGAGAAGCCUGCUAAGAAGUCACCAGUGAAGGCAGCGCCAGCAAAAAAAGUGGAUGAAUCUUCUAGCGAGGACAGCUCCGAUGAAGAGCCACCUAAAAAGUCAGCCCCAGCUAAGCAAGCGGCUGUGGAGGCCGCAGCGCCCAAACCUACAUAUACCAGCAGCGAGGGCAGUGACUCUGAUUCGGAUGAAGACGAUAAACAGAAGAAGCCAGUGGCUGCUGCGCCCAAAUCGGCAGCGAAGGCAGCUCCAGCCAAAAAGAAUGCAUCAUCUUCGAGCAGUGAAGAUUCGUCCGACGAGGAGCCAGCUAAGACCGUAAAGCCAGCUGCAAAGCCUGCACCCAAAAAGGCAGCUAAAUCGAGUAGCGAGGAAGAUAGCUCAAGUGAAGAGGAAGUUCAGAAAAAGGCGCCAGCUACACCUGCGAAGCCAGCCGCUAAAAAGGCAGCGUCCAGCAGUAGCGAAAGCAGCGACUCGGAAGGAGAGCAGAAAAAAGUAGCUGCCAAGCCAGCAGCAAAGGCAACCCCGGCCAAGAAAGCAGCUGCCUCCAGCAGCGAGGAUUCGUCUGAUGAGGAGCCGCCUAAGAAAGCAACACCUGUUAAGCCCGCGCCGGCCAAAAAAGCAGCAGAGUCCAGUUCUGACUCCUCAUCAGAGGAGGAAGAGAAACCAACCAAAAAAGUAGCCGCGAAACCUGCAGUGGCGCCGGCUAAGAAACCAGCUGCCAAGGCAGAGUCUGAGGACUCAUCCGAGGACAGCAGCUCUGAAGAGGAAAGUGUUGCAGUGAAACCAACUGUCAAGAAGGGCGCUCCACCAGCCAAGAAAGCAGAAUCAUCAUCGGAUGAUGAUUCCGAUGAGGAGACGGCGGCCAAGCCAGCAGCUAAGCCUGCUGCCAAACCUGCGGCUAAAAAGAAUGACAGCUCCGACAGCUCCUCGUCCGAUGAUGACGAGCCGCCAGCUAAGAAAAAACCUGCGCCAGCCAAAAAGCAAGAGAGCAGCGAUAGCGAUAGCGACAGUAGUGAAGAAUCUGGCGAGGUGAAGCCAACUAAGCCACAACAACCGGUGGCCAAUGGGGCUGGCAAUAAGCGCAAGUUCAGCGGCGGCGAUACAGAGGAAGCGACACCUAACAAGAAGUACAGUAAUUUCGUCAAAUCGGGCGAACAACAGCAGCAGAAUAAUGGCUUCACCUCCACGCCCAACAAUAACUAUAACAGCAACACACAGUUGAACAACAGCAGUGGCAAACGUCGAAGGUCACCUUUCCGACGUGUCCGCACCGAGGAGGUGAUCAUAGAUUCGCGUGUUCAGGAUAUGUCCUUUGAGGCAAAGGAUGUCGGUGGCUUCAAGAAGUUUAAUAAUGGACCACGCGGACGCGGAGGCUCUGGCUUUGGCGGCCGUCCGGAUCGUAGUAAAUGGGAGAGCAAUAAUCAAAAUGGCGAGGAAGGCGGCGGCGGCGGCGGUGAUCGCAAGAGCUUUGGCGGCUUUGAGCGGAACUCGUUUGGUGGACGCGGGGGUGGUGGACGUGGCGGUGGUCGCGGCGGCGAUCGCGGUGGCCGCGGUAGGGGAGGCGGGGGUGAUCGUGGCGGUCGCGGUGGCUUCGGCCGUGGCGGUGGCGGCGAUCGUGGCGGUCGCGGCGGAUUUGGACGCGGUGGUGGGGGACGUGGCGGCGGCGGAUUUGGCAACAAAUCGUUUGAUUCAGCGCCGAAACAAAAUAAGAAAAUAACUUUCGAUAAUUAAUAUCUUAGUGUAGUUUAGACACAUGCCAACACACGACGCCAGGGAAUCGAACCCAUAAUGAAAUAACUUUUUUGACACAAACAGAAAUAGCAUGGAAUAUCGUUCCAUCAUUUUUCGACAAUAUUUCAAUGAUUUCUAGGUAUUUUUUAUUAAUGGAGUAGACACACACACGCGCACUCGCAAAGCAUAAUAUAUGUUGUAUACAAUAUAUUGUAAUAAACAUUUUUAUAUACUUAUUAUAUAAAAUUUAUAAAAAAAAUAUAGAAAAACGCUGCCGGCUCUUGGGGAGAGCGCGCCAAUCUGGAUCUAAAAUUCACGCGCGGCAAAUCCUUCAAGCACGAGAAG